GGUGGUACCUGGAUAAACUGUAGCCCACCCUGCUGCUCGCCUGAUUGUGUCCGGCUUCGCCAGAUUGGCAGUCAGCUGUAAGGAUUGGUUUAAAGUCGGAAACUGGAUUCAGUGAAGUGAAGAAAAAGUAACACAGCAAGCGUACUAUCCCCCGGAUUCCUAAACAAUUUGAUUAUGGAUUUAGGGGCCGGUGCUGUAUGAGAGGAGAAAGAGGAAGAGGUGGAGAACGUGUUUGCCAUGACAGUGACCCCUAUCCCAUAGAGCAUCCUACUCAGAGCAAGACUGACCAGAAAGGAGGACAGCGAGGACAGGAAGGAUGAAGUUGUGGGGGAGCUCAGUGUGUCCUUUGCAAGUGGCCCUCCUUUUCGCCGUGGUGAUGUUCUGCGGUUGCCCGGUGUCCGCUGGCAGUCGUAACCAUCGGGGACAGACAGCCUCCUACCAGGUGAAGCAGGGGACGUGUGAGGUGGUGGCCAUCCACCGCUGCUGUAAUAAGAACAAGAUUGAGGAGCGUUCUCAGACCGUCAAGUGCUCCUGUUUUCCAGGCCAGGUCGCUGGCACAACCAGAACCAGGCCCUCCUGUGUGGAAGCCUCCAUCGUGAUUCAGAAGUGGUGGUGUCAGAUGAACCCCUGCAUGGAGGGAGAGGAGUGUAAGGUGCUCCCUGACCUCACAGGCUGGUCCUGCAGUACUGGGAACAAAGUCAAAACCACCAAGGUGAGAAGAAUGGGUCACACGAUAGCAAGAGAAUCGCUGAGCAGCGACAUCACCAAGUCUCUCAACUGUUAA